AUGACUGAGCCUCGAGACAAGUUCGCCCCUCUUCGCGUUGGAGUAGUACUAUUCCCGGGCUUUCAAGCCCUGGACGUAUUUGGCCCAGUAGAUUGCCUCAACGUCCUCUCAUGGAGCCAUAGCGUGAGCUUGGCAUUCAUAUCCUCAACCCUGGAGCCAGUGACAACAAAACCCUCGGCCGCACCUAACGCCAUCGGCCAAAGCGUGGUACCUACUCAUACCUUUGCAACAGCACCAUCUCUUGAUUUACUUCUGGUGCCUGGUGGCCGUGGCUCUCGCGGCUCCAGUCCCGCAGUCGACGAGGCUAUCGCCUACAUCCAAGAUGUAUAUCCCCAACUGGGCUAUCUGCUGACCGUGUGCACUGGCUCAGGGCUCGCCGCGCGAGCCGGCGUGCUGAAUGGGAAGCGAGCUACAACGAACAAGAUGUCCUGGGCUGAGAUCAUGCUGCUGGGAGAGAAGGUCAAAUGGGUCCCACAUGCGAGAUGGGUUGUCGAUGGCAAUGUUUGGUCAUCUUCUGGGGUUAGUGCUGGUAUUGACGCUACUCUGGCUUGGAUUGAGGAGGUUUAUGGGAGUGAGGUGGCGAGCCAAAUCUCGAAUGAGAUAGAGUACACUCGACAUGAGGACCCCAGCUAUGAUCCGUUUGCGGAAUUAUAUGGGCUCUGA